UUGCUGCCAGUGAGCUGCUGUCAGUGUGAGUGGCACUCAGUGCGUUGCUGCCAGUGAGCUGCUGUCAGUGUGAGUGGCACUCAGUAAGUUGCUGUCCGUGUGAGUGGCAUUCAGUAAGUUAUUGUCAGUGUGAGUGGCACUCAGUGCGUUGCUGUCAGCGUGAGUGGCACUCAGAGGGAGCAGCCUGGAUUUAAAGAAAAUUGUCUCCAGCAUGCAGAACUACAAGUAUGACAAAGCCAUAGCCCCCCCAGAGAGCAGGAAUGGGGGGAGCACCCCGUUAAACAACAAUAAUGGCCCCGGGAAUGGGAGGAAGGUCCUGCUGGUCUGCCUGGAUGUGUUCUGUCUGGUUGUAGCCGGCCUCCCUUUCCUGAUAAUUGAAACUAACCGAAUCGAGCCUUACCAUCGGGGCUUUUACUGUGAAGACGAAAGCAUCAUGUACCCCUACAAACCAUCUGAAACUAUUAGUGACACUGUCCUUUCUGCGGCUGGUAUUCUUAUCUCAAUCCUUGCUAUAAUUGUUGGAGAAUUUUUUCGGAUUCAUUACUUAAAGGAGAGGUCCCAUUCUUUUAUUCAGAACCCGUACGUGGCAGCUCUGUAUAAGCAAGCUGGAUGCUUUAUAUUCGGCUGUGCUAUAAGCCAGUCCUUCACGGAUAUUGCCAAGGUGUCUAUCGGUCGCCUGCGUCCUCAUUUCCUGGCGGUCUGCGAUCCUGUCUAUAAUACGACCAACUGCUCCUUGCACUACAUCGUGGAUUAUGAAUGCAGAGGCUCAGAGAGCAAAGUCAGGGAAGCCAGGAAAUCUUUCUUUUCGGGACACGCUUCCUUCUCGAUGUACACAAUGCUGUAUCUGGUGUUUUACUUACAGGCAAGGUUCACGUGGAGAGGAGCCCGCCUCUUGCGUCCCCUCUUACAGUUCACUCUGCUCAUGAUGUCAUUCUACACUGGACUGUCCCGUGUUUCCGAUCACAAGCACCAUCCCUCCGACGUACUGGCUGGAUUUGUGCAAGGUGCCGUGGUGGCUUAUUGCAUAGUUUUCUACGUAUCGGAUCUCUUUAAGACGCCAAAGAAGAGUUGCCCACCUCCCUCGGUUAGACGGGAUGUCCUCGCUCCUGUGGACAUGAUCGACAGAAACAGUCAUCACAAUAUUGUGUAAAGUCUCCAACCAACUGCAGAAUUACUUCUGACCGUGAAUACAACUACCUGCUGCUUUCAAAUCUCAUCAGACAGUAGAAUGUAGGGAAAAACAUUUUACCCAACCAAAAAAAAAAAAAAAAAAAACAAAACAAAAAUAAAACAUGUCUGUCAUGAGGCCUUACAGAUUGCAACGUUGUCUGGACUUAUCACCCAAUGAAAGCUGAGAGCCAGGCAGCCAAUGAGAACGGAGGAGUUGGAAUUCAGGAUGUGUGAUUGGCUAACGAACGUUCAUGUUCUAGUGAACACGCUGAUAUAUUUAUAAACAAUAAAGGUUUUUAUGAUAAGGGAGCCGGAUGUGUGGCUUACAGCAAAGCUAAACCACGAAUUAACCACCGCACUAUCCAUUUAGAUCGGAAUAGCACUGAAUAGGGUUGGGGUUCAGGCCCCAUGAAAUCACCUCUUAUUUGAUGUAGUUUGGGGUCGUCCAUGUGACUCAGAAUGACGACAAGAUCUAAGCUAUGUUUUUGUGAAUUUCAUACAAACGAAGAUUUUAAAAAGAAAAAAACACUUAUUUUUGGAUGUAACCGAUCACGUGUACACCUCAUUCAGAUAUCUCGGAUCGUGUAGGCAACUCGCUUCCUAUACAUCUUAAUCGAUGUAGAAACCCCCUAAUUAACUAAGGAAGGCUUUUAGAAGCUUAAAGGGACAGUAAAGCCACACAUGAUAUCUUCAGGCAGGUAUCAGACUGAUGUCUGGAGUGUACAUAUUUAAGUGCCUUUACAGUAGACAAACUUCCAGUAAGAUUUUCAUGAAAGACGUUCAUGCACUUCACAGACUUCCGUUGUGGUCUUUUGAAUGGGCUUUAAUGGGACACGACUGAUUUGCUCGCUAACAUGUGGGUCUGAUCACCACUACAGAGGGUUAGGUAUAUGUUUAUAGACACACAUUGAUGCUGGCACUGUAUAUCAUAGCACAACAUCUUGUAAUACAAUAGAGCACUUUCCAUUGGCCUUACCGUCCCUUUUAAUCAGUCAUGGCUUCGUUGAAUUCUUCCUUCAAAAACCUGAGGGAUUCCUUCAAUGGGACAAAUUAUUGAUCCGAUUUGACCUUGGGUUUGACACCCAAUGAAGCCUUAUUCACUAGUUUGCCGAUGUGCUGCGGGGCAGGACAUCACAAUUCACAGACCCGACCCUUUGGAGUCUGUCGAUUCUUCUACAGGUUGAAUUUCUUUCAAAACGUCUCAUCAUUUCAAAUAGUAAAUAGAACCGAUAUCAGGUUUCUAACGAACACAAGGGAAGGAUUAUCUUAUAAUCAAACCUUUAAAAGGGCUUAAUCUAAAGGGAUUACAAUAACCGUGAAAAUGAUCAUUUGCACAUCCUUACUACAAGAGGAUCCGUCCUGUCAUUUCAACUAUAGCAAGCUAUGAUUUUUAUAUAUAAAUAUAUAUAUUAUAUAAAUAUUGUAUAAAACAUUAAAAAUUAACUUUGUAUAUUAUUUCUGAAAACAAUUUUAGAUAUAUCCACUAAGCGUGUCGACCUGUGUAUCCGGCUGCUUUAUAAAAAAAAUAAAGAAUAAAAAGCAGCCGUUUCAUGUUAGUCUAGUCAACUAAACUAUUGUAGAUCUGUGGUAGUCGUUUCACUAUUAAAACUGCAGCUAACGGCAACUGUAUAAAGAAAAAUAAAUUCUCUGUAUUUUUGUAAUGUUUAAUUUUGUAAAAAAAAAAUUGAAUACCUUUUGUAGGACACAAACUUAAAGUUGUUUUUGCAGAAAUGGCUGUAAAAAGAUGCUUUUUAAAUAAAAGCUGAUAACUUUUAA